GCUAAACCCCAAAGCAUCUGCACAGAGCAGCAGUGUGUUAACUUAAUAAAUGCCAGUGCCUGAGGGUGGAGUCGACCUCAUCACCCUCUCUUGGGGGAGAAAAGCUCAAAAGCCGCCCCUGUUUGCAGUAUGGACAGAGUUCUUCACCUCACUAACCAGUGCACCAUAUCCUGGAGAUCUGCAGCAUACUGAUGCUGUACAGGACAAUGUUUCAGCAUAAUUGCCGCUUCUCCGACAUUCAUUUGGAUUGAUAUGAUACCGAGGGGAAGCUGGUUACUCCAGUACUUGCACAUAUUGUGUUUUCUUACGUCCUGUACAGCAGAUUUAUGCAGCUGGAGAGGAAGUGGUCUGGUGGGCUCGCCUCUCUCGGGGUCAGUACAGCAGGUGCGGCUUCGCUGUUCCGCAGGUUCGGUCACGUGGUUUUCCCCGCGCCACGCUCUGCGGAUCGUGCUGCAGGCGAACGUGUGGAGCGCGCGCCAUGCCGCCGUGUGCGUUAAAGCGCUGCGGGGUUCUCGCGGUGCCGCGAUGUACGUGGAGCGAGCGGCGAGCCUGGACCUGUUGCUGCAGGACGGGGAAUCUCCGGAGCAGGUACGCUGCUUCCGCGCGCACAAAGCACAGAGUACCGCCAUCUUCCUUCAGGCCAGCCCGCAGAGUCGCGCGGGUCCGAGUGUCGUCGGGUUCCGGUAUGAGCUGCUGCGCGAAAAUAGCAACGUUACAGAGGUUCAAACAAGCACAAUGCAAGCUGCUUGUCGGCCCUGCAAUGACUUGGAAAUACUGAAAGCCAUCUGCAACAGUGACUUUGUGGUCCAUGGAUCCAUACGGAAUGUGUCCCAUGAUUCUGAGCGGCAGACCUCCGUGAUAGAGGUGCAGAAAGGCAGGGUGUAUCGGCAACGGAGCGGAGUGUUUGAGAGAGAGCCAGACCUCUCAGGCUCCUGGCAUGGGCACAUACACACACUUCUGCAGUGCGGUGUUAAAGCAGGAGCUGGUCAGUUUCUCUUCACCGGAGCUGAACUCUUUGGGGAGGCUUGGCUUGGCUGUGCUCCUCGAUUUACAGACUUCCAGAAUCUCUAUCAUUCAGCCAAGAGGGUGCAUCUGAUGCCAUGUGAUAUUUCCAUAGACUGAGGAGAAGAUUCUUAAGAUUUUCUAUAAUAAUAAUUUAGUAACUGUUCAAGGCCAUUUGAGGAGAAAUUGACACUUGAAGCAGACCAAAGGCAUAACAUGAUAUAUCUUUGCUUUUGCUCUUUUUGAUUUCUCUAAAGCAAGAGCGUAUUAUUAUUAUUAUUAUUAUUAUUAUUAUUAUUAUUAUUAUUAUUUUGCUAAAGCAAGAGCUUUGUUACUCAGGCGUUCUUUUUUGUACCCCAUUCACUAACCUUUUCAAAGAGCUAUUCAAAGGUUAAACAGAAUACCAUCAAUGCCAGUUGUGGUACAUCAUUUCAAAGGACAUGGUGUGGGGGUUGAUGUCUGUGCGCGCGUACCUAUAUGUGUCUGAGACGAUAUUUAACAUUUUGUGUUAAUAUAAAAAAUGUUAACUGGCUUUGGAGUUUGGCAAGAAUAUGUAGGCUUUAUGUUGUUACAAUGACACUACUGAAAAUAUCUAUUCAAUCAUUAUGGUUGUAUACAGGGUAUAAAUAUGUUAUAAAGAUGUUAUCUUGAACAUGGACUAAGAUUAGAGAUUCUUGAAUAUUCAUACAUUUUAAAGUAGACACAUAUGGUCAUAUGAUUAUUGUUGUACUUAUUUGUAAUAAAGUAAUUGUUAAUAUUGUUCACACUUAGAUAAUGACAUCUGAAAAAAGCAAUUCUUUAUAUAAUUAAACAGAACAUCUUUGGUAUUUAUGACCCCGAUUGAUUAAGAUAGUUGAGUUGAAUCUAAAACUUUUUUGUAACAUAUUGUGGACUGUUAAAAUAAUAUCAGAUGUAAUCAGUGUAAAUAAUUUUUGCCUUCCAGUACAUUAAUUUAUGUCUCAGGAUAUGGAAAAUCUUUCAAAAUGAAAAACAAAUCAACAACAACAACAACAACAACAACAAAAGAACACUACACAGAUGCUACAUUAAUGCUUUUAUAUAACUGAUAUAUUUUUAAUUGUAUUUAUAUCAAUGUGCAUUCCAUGUACAUUUAUUAUAUUAUAUUGUAUUAUAUUAUAUUAUAUUAUAUUAUAAACCUUUUUAAAACUGCUAAC